UGAACAUUACACCUCUCCCUUGCAAUCCCCAAUUCAUUGCAGGCUCUUCCUCGUUGGUUCCGUGCUAUUAAAUCCCAAAAACCAAAGAUAGAGAGAGAGAGAACACAAUCUCUGGAUCUAGAUCUCCGCUAAGGUUUUCUCUCUCCUCCUGUAAGUGCAAUGGCGGUUCGAACGCCUCUCUCAUUGCAUCUUUGGAUCUCGGUUUCUCUUCUGCUCUUCAUCCAUGGACACUGCUUCUACCUUCCUGGUGUUGCUCCCCAAGAUUUCCAUAAGGCGGAUCUUUUGAAGGUGAAAGUGAACAAACUGACUUCUACCAAAACACAGCUUCCUUACUCAUACUAUUCACUUAAUUACUGCCGACCAGAGAGCAUUGUUGAUAAUGCAGAAAAUCUUGGGGAAGUUCUUCGUGGUGAUCGUAUUGAAAAUUCUCCUUAUACGUUCAAAAUGCGAGUACCUCAAAUGUGCAAUGUUGUAUGUCGUGUUACACUUAAUGCAAAAACAGCCAAAGAAUUUAAAGAAAAGAUAAGUGACGAGUAUCGGGUGAACAUGAUAUUGGAUAAUCUUCCUCUGGUUGUUCCUCUACAAAGACUAGAUCAGGAAUCUUCCACUGUGUAUCAACAUGGCUUUCAUGUGGGUCUCAAAGGACAGUAUUCUGGUAGCAAGGAGGAAAAGUAUUUUAUCCACAACCACUUAACUUUCACAGUCAAGUUUCACAAUGACAUACAAACAGACUCUGCAAGGAUUGUAGGAUUUGAAGUCAAACCAUUCAGUGUUAAACAUGAAUAUGAAGGCGAAUGGAGUGACAAGACCCGUUUAACAACCUGUGAUCCCCACGCUAAACGCACUGUAACCAGCUCUGAAUCUCCACAAGAGGUCGAAGAUAAGAAGGAAAUUAUUUUCACAUAUGAUGUUGAGUUCCAAGAGAGUGAUGUGAAGUGGGCAUCUCGAUGGGAUACCUACCUUCUGAUGGCCGAUGAUCAAAUUCACUGGUUCUCAAUUGUCAAUUCAUUGAUGAUUGUCCUUUUUCUCUCGGGAAUGGUGGCUAUGAUCAUGUUGAGGACACUGUACCGAGACAUAUCCAAGUACAACCAGUUAGAGACUCAGGAAGAAGCCCAAGAGGAGACAGGGUGGAAACUGGUUCAUGGGGAUGUUUUCAGACCACCUACAAAUUCAGAUCUCCUUUGUGUUUAUGUUGGGACAGGUGUGCAGUUUUUUGGGAUGAUAUUCGUCACCAUGAUCUUCGCCCUCCUUGGAUUCCUCUCCCCUUCAAACCGAGGUGGAUUGAUGACGGCCAUGCUUUUACUGUGGGUCUUCAUGGGCCUGUUUGCUGGAUAUUCUGCUGCCCGGCUCUUCAAGAUGUUCAAAGGAACAGAAUGGAAGAAAAUCACUCUAAGAACGGCUUUCAUGUUCCCUGCAUCUGUCUUUGCCAUUUUCUUUAUCUUGAAUGCUCUAAUUUGGGGUGAGAAAUCUUCGGGGGCAGUGCCAUUUGGAACCAUGUUUGCUUUGGUAUUUUUAUGGUUUGGCAUCUCUGUUCCCCUUGUUUUUGUGGGUGGUUACUUAGGGUUUAAGAAGCCAACAAUUGAGGAUCCCGUGAAAACCAACAAAAUUCCAAGGCAGAUACCUGAGCAGGCGUGGUACAUGAACCCAGUUUUCUCAAUCCUCAUUGGUGGUGUACUCCCAUUUGGAGCUGUAUUUAUUGAGUUGUUUUUCAUACUCACCUCCAUCUGGUUGCAUCAAUUCUAUUACAUUUUUGGUUUCCUCUUCAUUGUCUUCGUCAUCCUAUUGGUCACUUGUGCCGAGAUCACAAUUGUGCUUUGCUAUUUCCAGUUGUGCAGUGAGGACUACCAAUGGUGGUGGAGGUCAUACCUGACAUCAGGAUCCUCAGCCCUUUACCUUUUCCUCUAUGCUGCCUUCUACUUUUUCACAAAGCUUGAGAUCACGAAGCCUGUGUCUGGCAUGUUGUACUUCGGUUACAUGCUGAUUGUCUCAUAUGCUUUCUUCGUGCUCACUGGUACAAUUGGUUUCUAUGCGUGCUUCUGGUUCACAAGGCUCAUCUACUCAUCAGUGAAGAUCGAUUAAGCGAUGUGAUCUGAAGGUAAAUGGUUGGUUUCUAUCUCGAUGAAGCUCAAACUCGCCUUGGAUUGGAUUGGAAAUGUAGGUUGCCCUUGUUACUUCUUGAGACACCAUUGGGGUUCAGUUUUAAAUCAUAAAUCAUAGUAAUUUUUUUUAUCUUUUUUAUCUGUCUUCUCAAUACAUGUUAUUUGGAAGUUGUAUUUCUCCAUUUUGUUUUGUUGUCUUUUUACAUUUCCACUUUGCUUUGUAAUGAGACAAUUGAGAGGAAGCUCGAGCAAUUUCUCUGCCCUCAAUAGUCUAUUUUUAAAAUGUUGAAAGGAAUUCUUGUACUAAAAGUUUAUAGUUAAUAUAUUACUUGUGCAAUUCAUUUA